AUGGGUAUUACGCCUCGUGUGCCGACCACGAACGGUCAAAUCAACGGUGCACCAAAGACGGCCAAAAAGACACCGGUAGAUAUCGAAGAAUUGCUCGCAAGGAAGAAGGCCGCAGCCGAGGCAGCAUCGAAACCAAAGUUUAUCCCCAAGGCAGAAAGAGAGAGAUUAGCAGCUGAGAAGGCAAAGAAGGAGGAGGAGGAAAAGCAAAAGCAAAAGCAAAAAGAGGCUGCCUCGCGCAACGAUAGCUGGAGCAACGGAACUAGCACCCAAACCAACGGCAGAAGCCAGAAUGAUAGCCGACAGGACCGACGGGCUGGGGACCGGUACUACAGAGAUGGCCCGGCAGUUCCUACUGGGCCAAAAGCUAUGCGCCAGAACCAAAGUCAGAACCACCACCACGACGACAGACGAAAGGGCGGCAACAAGGAUAAAGAUGGCAAGAAGCGCCCUGCACCAGAGGAGGCCGAGGCAGUCUUGAUCAGGGAGCGUUAUAUGGGACCAGAGACCAACGUUUCGACAUUCUCUGCAUUGAAGAAGCGGAAACGAACCACGGAAAAGAAGUUCAAUUUCGAAUGGGAUGCGUCAGAGGAUACAAGCCAGGACCACAACCCGAUAUAUUCUGAUCGGGUGGCGCCGACCUUCUUUGGCAGGGGAAGACUGGGCGGCUUCGGAGAUGACAUGACUGAAGAAAACACAAGACGAUAUGCACAGUCGCUGAUCGAACGCGAUCCGGAGAAUGGUGCCGCGCGAGCUCAGGAGAUGCUCGAAAUGAUGCAGAGAGCAAAGGAGCGGGCCAACCGCAAUGCUCUCGGAAAGCACUGGUCCGAGAAGAAACUGGAGGAGAUGAAGGAGCGGGACUGGCGCAUCUUCAAAGAGGACUUUGGUAUUGCUACCAAGGGCGGCUACAUUCCCAACCCCAUGCGGAGUUGGCAGGAGUCUGGGCUUCCUCGUCUACUUUUGGAUAUCAUUGCACAAGUCGGCUACGACGAACCCUCCCCCAUUCAGCGAGCCGCCAUUCCUAUCGCGCUGCAGGCGCGUGACCUGAUUGGUGUUGCCGUGACUGGUUCCGGAAAAACCGCUGCUUUCUUGCUGCCGCUUUUGGUGUAUAUCUCUGAACUGCCUCCUCUGACAGAGAUCAACAAGAAUGAUGGUCCAUAUGCACUUAUUUUGGCACCAACUCGAGAACUGGUUCAGCAGAUUGAGACGGAAGCGAGGAAAUUCUCGACGCCGCUGGGUUUUACAGUUGUGAGUCUGGUAGGUGGUCACGCUCUCGAGGAACAAGCCUUCGCCCUUCGGAAUGGUGCUGAAAUCAUUGUUGCCACUCCUGGUCGUCUCGUGGAUUGCAUCGAGAGACGACUCUUGGUGUUGUCGCAAUGUUGCUACGUCAUCAUGGAUGAAGCCGAUCGAAUGAUUGACAUGGGUUUCGAGGAACCUGUAAACAAGAUUCUCGAUGCUCUUCCUGUGACAAACGAGAAGCCGGAUACAGAUGAGGCUGAAAACGCUCAGCUAAUGUCACGGCAUCUUGGUGGAAAGGAUCGUUACAGGCAGACCAUGAUGUACACGGCAACGAUGCCUCCGAUAGUGGAAAGAAUUGCCAAGAAGUACUUGCGUCGCCCAGCUACCGUGGCCAUUGGUAACGCAGGUGAGGCGGUUGAUACUGUAGAGCAACGUGUUGAAUUUGUUUCAGGAGAAGAUCGCCGCAAGAAGCGUCUGCGGGAGAUACUUCUCGAUGGCGGUUUCAAAGCGCCCAUCAUCGUUUUCGUCAACAUCAAGCGAAACUGUGAUGCUAUCGCCAAAGAAAUCAGCAGGAUGGGUCUCAGCGUGGCUACGCUACACGGUUCCAAGACUCAGGAUCAACGUGAGCAGGCUUUGAACUCGGUCCGCGCAGGAAACACGGAAGUCUUGGUCGCCACCGAUCUUGCUGGUCGUGGUAUUGAUGUGCCCGACGUCAGUCUGGUCGUCAACUUCAACAUGGCCACUUCAAUCGAGGCCUAUACUCACAGAAUCGGUCGUACCGGUCGUGCCGGCAAGAGUGGUGUUGCCAUCACCUUCCUAGGCAGCGAGGACGCAGAUGUCAUGUAUGAUCUAAAGCAGAUGCUCAGCAAGAGUAGUAUCAGUCGCGUCCCCGAAGAGCUUCGGAGACACGAAGCCGCCCAGCAGAAGCCUAGCCGAGUUCGCAAGACGGUUAAUGAGAAUUCUGGUCCGACAGGGUUCGAUAACAAGAGUAGUGGGUGGAACUAG